AUGGACCCAAAGCUGGAAGCGCUGCUCGCAAAGCGAAGAGCAGCGGCUGAUGCCUCGCCGAGCGGCCCUUCUGCGAGGAAGGAGAGCAGCGUUCUGUCAGAGGAAGCUGAGACGAGGAGGAAGGGUGAGGAGGACAAGCUGGAGAACGCUCUCACGGCAAUCAGCACGCGCAUUCAGAUCCAUGAAGCGGUUUACGCAGAGGAGAAGUCGAAGCUCGAGGACGUCUUGAAGAAGUGCAAGGAGUGCGAGCAGAAUCUCCAGCAGCUUGAGGAGGAACAGAAGACCAAGUCGAAGAAGUGGAGUCCAUUCCUCAAGACGAACAAUGCGCAGAGGGCUCGAGUUGACGAGACGCGGAGCCAGCUCUCGAACCUCGUCUCUAUGCGUUUGCUUGCUGAGCAGAAGGUGGAAGGGGCGAGGCAGGCGAUCGAGCGAGCGAAGGUGGAGAAGGAGCAUGUGAUAAGCGCUCUCGCUGCUACAAGACUUCGUCGAGAUCUUCUUCAGAAAGCCGCGACGCUGGCAGAGAAACCGGCCAUGAAUGCUGGAGGCAGCGACUCGGAGGACGGCAGGCAGCAGCCGAAGAAGAAGGAGAUGACGCUGACUAUGAAGGGGAUCUCCCUUCCCGAUAAUGUGCCCAUCGCUCCUCCUUCAACCCCUGUCAAUGCUAGGAGCGGGGGCAGCCUAGGAGGAGGAGGAGGAGGAGGAGGAGGAAGCAGCGGAGGAGGAGGAGGAGGAGGAGGAGGAGGCAGCGGAGGAGCUGGAGGAGGAAAAGGAGGUGGUAGCCUUGGAGAGGGACGGGGCACCGAAGGCAACGAAGUUCUGCUUGCCCGUUUGGCUCGCGAGAAGAGGAAAGAGGACGAGGAAGAGAAGACGAGCACUCCUGAUCAGAAUGCUUCUCCUCCUGCCUUCUCCUCCCUCAAGCGACUUUCCCCAGUCGUGAUCCCCCACAGAUCGGCAGCGGAGGGGCCAGGGGAAGCAGCAAGCGCCUCGUCCAAGACAACAGAGCAGGUGAUCUCUGCCUCGACCUUGUUUUGGGUAACGAGAAGCAGGAGAAGGAGAAAGUGGAGGUUCCUUCUGCUAUCAAGAGGGCUGCAGCAGAGGUGCGGGGGCAGAGGAGAGCUCUGGCGCGAUGGGCAUGCGGGGCUGAGGUACUUGGAUGCAGGAGGACAGAAAGGGGAGCAAAGGAGGGGAGGUGAAGCAACAGCAGCAAGACGAUCUCAUCUCAUGCUCAUUGUCGGACGAGUCGUCGGACGAAGGGGUACGAAAGUUGGAGGGAAGGAGGAAGCAGGAGAGAGAGGAAACAGGGAGAGGAAAGAUGGAGGAAGAGGAGACAAAAACUGCUGGGACGGGGGAGAGGAGGUCUUUGAUCUGAGUCGUUCAGUCUCUCUAAAGCCCAUCGAUGAUAAUUAUCUGCCAGAAUUGUUACCAAUGGGAGAAGUAGACGAUCUCACUGCCUCCUCACAGUCUCGAGCAGAUACGAAGCUCUCGUCUUUAGAUCGUUACAUCAGGGGCAGCUCUCCGACUCGACUUGCACCAUUCAGCUACCGCCAGGAAGAGGAGCAAGUCAAGCCGCCUUCUCCCCGCUCCUCCUCUUCCUCUCCCAACGUCGGGCCUCUGCCUGCGGGAGCAGCUGACCCGGUGGGCUCUCAAGCAGAGCAGCCCUUCGGAUCUCUCGACGAAGCCAAGUCACUUAUCUUGCAACUACAAGAGACGCUUCGCAAGGAGACGAAGGCUCUCAAGAAGCGUCUUGAGUUCAUGGCGAAGUUUGUUGCUCCAUUCUCCCCCUCCUUGCGAUUAAAUUUUUCACGCAGGAUGAAUGGAGGAGGAGAAGACAGAGGAGCAGGAGCAGGAGCAGGAGCAGGAGCAGGAGCAGGAGCAGGAGCAGGAGCAGGAGCGCAGUACGACCUGGCGUCCAGUCACCGCACAAGCUUCCAAGAAGCAGACGAAAAGUCCAUGGCAGAAACGACGCAGCCACAUCGUUCAUACUGCACCACCGGAGGGCCGGAGGGCAUGGCACAGGAGGCGGCGAUGAAGCUAAGGGAGCGACUGCUGCAGGGAGCAGACGAUGAAGCUCUCGUCCUCCUCGAUCGCCUCCUAGCCAGCAUCUCCCUCCCGCCUCCUCCUCUGCCGCCUCCUCCUCUGCAGCGGGAAGACCAAGCAUCCAAGGCUGCCAGCAGCACACGCAACGCCUGCACCCAGGUGGAUCAGGCGGAGCUGGAGGAGGCGACAGCAGCUCUUCGCUCUCCUCGCGCCAUGAGCUACUCCAGCGUCGACACCAUCAGCUCCUUGGGGAUGUGGCACAUGCAUGAGCCGCACCUGGAGCACAGAGAAAGACGAGGAGCGGGAGGAGCGGGAGGAGCGGGAGGAGCGGGAGGAGGAGCGGGAGGAGGAGCAGUAGUGGGAGAGGUAGUGGGAGGAGGGAGGACGGAGCAGAGCCCUCUGGAGAAGGAGGUGCAGAACCUAAUGGAGGGAGCGAGGAUGGUGGGGUCGCUAAUCUCCAACCUCUUCGACCCUUCCAAGCUGGACAGCAGCGACCACCCGAUCAAGCAGAUCACCAAGAACGUGAUCAGAACGCCAAGGAUACACCUUCCCUUCUCCCUCCCAGCCCAGAACGAGGCAGAGGAGGAGGAGAAGAGCCAGCCCAGCAUGUCGAGAGGAGGGAAAGAUGCGGCGGAGAGGGUGAGGGAGCUGGUGCGGAGGGGGUAUGGGGAUCAGGAGAUUCUAGCUCGCUGCUCUAACAUGGCAGACAUGAAAAACAUCUCCAUCUUCAGGAUAAAGGCGAUCCGCAGGAGCAUGAGCGAGGAAGGCUCUAUCUCCCCGAGGAGGGAGCCGUCAGCGGGAGGCGUGAGGAUGAGCAAGCAGCUGACGGACAAGAUCGCCAAGUUGCUGCACGAGGGCAGGACGAACGCGCAGGUGCUGCGGCACUACACUCUGCUCAAGGAGGUUGACAGAGGGCUGAGGAUCGAGCAAAUAGAAGAGAGAAGAGAAGAGAAGAGAAGAGAAGAGAACAAAUUAGCGAUCGUUGCUGCCAACGGCACUUGCACAUGA